GAGAGAGAGAGAGAGACGUUUAAGUCGCCAGUCUUUCUCUAUCUCUCUCAGUCUGGUCUUUACCUUCGAACGAGUUGCCGUUGUAAAGACGAGCGAGGGAGGGAGAGACUGUAUGUGUGUGUGCGUGCGUGCGUGCGCGCUAGUCUGUGUAGUUUUGGCAAACUCCGAUAUAUGGUUCAGAAUGAUAUGAUCUACAGUGACUUGUUUGACUCUACGGAAUAAAUCCGAAUGAAAGGAUAUUGAAAUUAGCUGUCGAUAAUAAGACUUUCGCCUCAUCAUUCGUAGGCCAGAAUGCUGUGACCCACAGUGACUUGUGUGAAUCUAGAGAAUAAAUUUGGGUGAGUGAAGAAUUCUUUUUCCAAAUAUCCGCCAUGUGCGAGGUGGAAUCCCCCGUCCUGACAGGAGAAGACAUCGCUUCUCCCACAGGACUCCUGAACGAGUCCUGUCCGGAGGGCAUCAUCAGGGAGGUCGAACGCGAGGAAGAAACUCUCCUAACGAAGUCCUCUUCUGGGGAGCCGGAGGAGGAAGAGAUUCCUCAGGAGGUCCUUCGAACCACGGAGGAGGAGGAGGCGCCCUCCGAGGAGGACGUAGAGGUGAGGCGGGGAUCGGUAGGAACCGAGGACCCCAAGGGAGACGAGCCCGAGAUCCCUCCUCCUCCUCCUCCUCAGGAGUCCAUUCCCGACGGAGACCUCUCGGAAGAACCGGAGGGCGUCGAUCCCUUCAAACCCGUCGGGAAGAGCGAGGUCAUCAACGGCGACCUCCCGAAGGAGGUGGUGGACCUAGAGGAUGAUGAUACGGCCCUCCUCCGCCAGGGCACGACCCUCCUGUCGGAACCAUCUUCCAAGGAUGGAAGGAGAGACUCGAAGACCGUCAGCUUCAGGGAACCCGAUAAACAGGAGGACGCCGUUGAGGAGAAUGACUCGGAAUCGAAGGAGCACCUGGCGCUGAACUCGACCUCCUCCAACGGCACCCGAGAGGGAGACGCCGACGGGGCCGUCGAGAAGAUGAGGUCGACCUCGAACAAGCAGCAGCAGAGGCCACUCGGCGAGAACAAUCCCGUCUACCGCCUGUCCAUGAAGCUGUCGCCGAAUCUUUUCAAUAUCCAGGAAAUCCCAGGGGCGAACCAACACCGGGAGGUGGAGAAGGCGGGCUACCUGACGAAGCUAAGCGGGCGCAGCUUCCCCUACAUUGCGCAGUGGAAGCGGCGCUACUGCGUGCUGUCCAAAGGGCGCCUCUACUACUACGAGCGGGAGGACAGCAAGUCCGGUGAGAAGAGCAACGGCGUCAUCAACCUCGAGUACUUCGACCAGGUAUCCGAGGCGGGACCCAAGGACUGCAAGAAGGCCACCAAUGUCUUCGUCAUCACCUCGCAGGACAGGAGCUUCUUCGACCCUGGUCGGCACCUGUUUUCAGCAGACACUCUGCCUGACCUGAAAGAUUGGGUGAGGAAGCUUCAGUCCGCCUUAGAACAGACCCGAAACAACAACCGACCCCCAACAGCGACUUCAGCUUCGCCUUCGAUCAAGAAAGACGGCGGGAAGAAACCCAAAGAACCAGCAACGACGACGACGACGACGACGACCCCGGAGACCAACUCCCAGAACAACACCAAAGAGAGAAAGAAGAAGAAGGAGCCUCAUCGACCACGAAAGUCCUCGAAGGUCGCCGACGUCCCAGACGGUCACCAAAACCCGGAGUCCGCUUCUGCAGAGCCUCCGUCAGCGACGCAAGUCAGGGAGUCCGAACUCCCCAAGAUGACGUCACCGAUCGGGAUCCAGCUCCCAGGAAUGACGUCAGUGCCAAGGGGGGGCGUGGCCCUCCCCGGGUUGUCCCCCACCAGGAAGGAGCCCCUUCCCGCCCCUGAGGACAAGAAGGAGACGGCCACCUCCGAGCAGACUGACGAAGGACUCCCCGUGGCUGGACCGACGUUGGCUUGCGUCAACAAGCAGAGGAACAAAGGACCUCAAGGACGCCGGGCUCCUCAGAACCGUCGAAGCCAUGCCGCCUCAGCCCUGAAGAAGCGAGCCAGCUCUUUGUCAGCCCUCGAACACCAAGACCUCAACGACAACAGUGAGGCUCAGUGGCUGAACAAAUCGCUGGACAUGCUGGACGAGGCCACCACCCCCGCGAGGAACGGCGAGUUGGCCACCGGUUGCGGCCCGGCGCUGCCCUACAAGGCCUACAAUUACUCUUCCGACGACGAAACGGACGACGACGUGGAAAAUUCCCAGUCGGAUUCAUUCCCCACUUCCGCAGCUGCCAUGCCCCCGCCCCCGCCCCCUCGAUCAGCCUCCUACGGCCUGGAACUGCGCCAGAACCCUCAGCUGGGUCAGACGGGUCAGCAGGCACUGCACAGGUCACUCGGCGACGCUAGGGGGUCAGGAGGGGACGUGAGGGGCUCCAAGCAUUCCUUGAGGGAGGGUCGUGUCUACGGCCUCGUGGGCGAGUGGCACGGCUGCUCCUCGGGAGAGCAGUGGAUAGGAUCCCACAGCUCCAUAGGGCAGAAUGGGGAGAUCCUCGGAAGUGCCUCGCCCGUGAUGGACGACCUGGACAACAUGUUGAUGAACCAGAGCAUCCAGCAGACGAGUUUGGCCGUCGACUCAGCCAGCGAGUCUGGCAGCGAAGGAAGCGGCUGUCGCCUGGGGAGCAAGCGAGGACACGCCUUGCAGCCGAACCACCACCACCACCACCCACCGGGAACCAAACAUUCGCAGCACUGCCACAAGAGGGCGGGUCCAGAUCUCACUCGCUUCGCUAUGGCGGUGAAGCAUCUUCAGAGGCACGUGGUGGAGAUCGACAGGGCCGUCUUCAGCAUGACAGGGGACAUGACAGGCACCAGGCAGGAUGUGACUUCCUUGAAAGAGGCUGUGCUCGCUCUGCAAGCAGACACAGACACAAUAACCACGACGUUAUCGCACCUCACGGAGGAAGCCAUUUCGGCUCAGCAGAAGAUCACCUUUGCAACGCAGAUGCCAGCCGCCUUUUUACCACCUGUGAAAGAAGCAGAGAAGGUGCGCAAAAUAGCCAACAUCGCCCUGAAGGAGGCAGAGCAGGCGAGACAGGAACAACUCAAGUCUAAGAAAGAGUACGAAGCUCUUUUAGACGACAUGAGAGCCACCAUGAAGGGUCUGAAAGAGUCUCAAGUCUCUUAUAGCUUUGGACAUUACAAGGCUUCUUUACCUACAUCGAUGAAUAGAGAACUGUCUACGUAUCCCAAGGGACAAGACGGCUCUAUAAGUAAGACCUCAUUGUCAAGAGUCAACAUUGAGCUGAAAGGUCCGACAUCCGGGUUCAGACCGGCGGAGGAGUGCUUGAAAAGUUCCUCCCCGAAGAGCAGUAGAGCAAGCGCUGAAAGUCAGCCGAGUUUGUCCGGAAGUUCAAAAGUUUCGGUAAGUUCCUCCCGUCCCGAGACAGAUUCUAAAACUGGAGAGGAGUCUUCGAAGUCUGCGACAUCUAAAAGCAGUAAAUCGACUGGUGAUAGUUUCACCAGUUCUUCCAGUAGCCCAAGAAUCUCGGGAAACUCGGAAAGUGGAGUUGGUGCUCCACCUCCUGUGUCCAAGUCAAGUUCCUUUACCCAGGUGAGUAACACGCCCAAAGUCCCUGCCUAUCAGUCUCUGUUUGCCAGACCUUCGAGUCUUAUAUCUGGACUGACUCAGAGGUCCUCCCUCACAAAAUCGGUUUCUUUUGCUGAGGAUAAAAGUAAAGGGAAGACCCAAGAAAAAGGGGACGAGGGUGUUGUUGCGCAAGAAGAGACGGAGAAAAUGAAGGAAGGCAAACAACAAAGCGCAAAGAAAGAGGAGAAACAACAAGGAACGAAGAAAGAAGAAAAACACCAGAUGCCUAAAAAAGAAGAGAAGCAACAGAGCACUUUGGAAAGGAAGGAGCGGAAAGAAAACAAACAUCAAAGAGAGGACAAAGCGCCUAGUUACGACACCAACAGCAAAGAGCGAAAGAGCAAAGAGAAGAAAGAUCACGGGAGCAUAGACCGGAAGGAGAGGAAGCAUCGCCACGCCCACAAAAGAAGCAGCCACAGAGGGAGUAAGGACGAGGAGCACAUGAUAUCCAACCUCUCUCUUGAAGACAUUCCUAUGGCGGACGAUCACAGCAACGAGUUACUCGAUCGGGUGGGCGUCACUGACAAGAAACCAAUUGUCUCAAGGAUGUCUAGUCUUUCCAGCAGUACACAAACCCCUUCAAACUUUUCUCUCGGUAAGUCUUCGUCCUCACCCAUUGUCACCCCCAGCUUGCUCGCAAAUCACCCUCGGUCAUUGCCGUUAAGUAAGGAUCACCACAAGACGGAGUUCUGCAAUUCGACGGCAUCAACCCCAGAAUCAUCGGCGCCACCUUGUCCUUUCCCUCAGCCUCUCUCAUUUUCUCGCCCGACGAGUCCUACAGUCAGGUCGUCAUCAUCCACUCUGCCGACAGUAGCGGAGAACCAUUCGACUGCUGCCUCGUCUCUCAAAGCAAUGCACAGACCUGGGUCCACACCAGGACCUCUGUCCCGCCAGGGAUCCAUGACAACUGUCCCGGAGGACCGCGCUGUAGUUGGCCCACCUCCAUCCCGUCCAGGCGUAUUCGCCAUCAGUCGACAGAACUCCUCCCCAAAUAUACCACUCCAACGGCAGAACUCUGGCCCUUCAAUACCUCUGCAAAGACAGUAUUCGCUGGGAAUGGUGCCGGAAGAGAGCCGCCUGCCACGACAGGAGUCUCUGAUGUCCGUCCCAGAAGAUCGACCCGUAGUCGACCAGACUCUGCCGCUGUCACCAUCCCAGUCGAUGACCAACUUCCCUCUUUCGCCCAGCGUCUCUGCCUCGACGGUAAGUGAGGCCGUGCGAAGGGCAGCCAGGGCAUCCAUGGAGUUAGUGACGGGACCAGUGCUGGCUGGGUCUGCCAUGCAGGAGGCAGCAGCCACGGGCACUCUGGCCGUCUUGACUGACCCCGAAGAGGAACUCAGUCCUACGGCUACGUCGACUCUCAAAAAGGAGCAUAAGUCCCAAAAGGAUGUCGAUGGGGUGGUCCUCUAGACUACAGAUAUUGUAACCCUAAUAUUUUUUUUAUAUAUAAAUCCGAGAAAGGGGCCCUUGGAAAAUCUCACGAAACGCAGGCUAUAGGAUUGGCGUGAUGUCUUCCCUUCUUUUCUUUUAGGUCUCGUAGGCAAGUAGUUUGAAAAAAAAAAAAACAAAGUCGGAAAAUUAAAACAUUUCAUCCAUCUGAAAGCUGCAUGAACCACUUUGAAAUGUGUAUACUGUAUAUGUAUAAUGUAAAUGUGCAUUUGCAUGCUUAUAUGUUUAUAUAGUGUAUAUGCAAGUGGCUAUGUGGUAUCUACAAUUGAUGGAAAAGUGUAAUUAAUAAAAUGGUUUUUAAGAAAUUAUCAUAACUUGACUAAGAGUUUAAGAGCUGUUGCGACCGUAAGAGUCUUUUGAACAAAAAACGAAAAGAGCUCAUUACGUCGUAUGACACUCUUUAACAAAUUUACAAAUAUACAGAGCCAUAUGUAGUACCAUACUGGAGCAGUAUGUAGGGUAUUUCGUGGUCUAUUAAGAUUUAAUUUCCCAAUUUUUUCUUUUACUUUAUCUUCGUGCAUGACCAAAUAUGUUUUUAAUCUUAAUAUUUCCGUGAAAUGUUGUGCUUUGAAAUAACGAAUCUAUUUAUGUGAGUAUUUAAUACGAAUAAUAAAUGGAAAACUGGU